GAUUUCAGACAGUUAUUUUAAGAUGAUAUGAGUAUUUGUUUGGGUUUAAAAAGCUAGUCACUACUAAAUAUAUGAUGGAUAAUGAGUAAUUAAGUCUCAAAGGGAAAUCACAAAUAUUCAUUGGAGGAUUCGUUUAAUUAGUCGAGAAACGGAGCGCUUCCAAAACGGAUUGAUCAGCGAUGCAGAAACUUUUUUCCCCUGAAGGGAUUCUAGGUAACUCUAAGAAUGGAAAAACAUCGUUUCUCUUUUGCUCUGAGGUGGUGAUUCUAGGAAAUUCUAACGUUGGAAAAACAUCGUUGUUGUUGCAUUAUGUAAACGGCGAUAUUCCUAAAAAAGUUCAUCGCACUGUGGGAGUGGAGUUUCUGAUGAAAACUAUUCUCGAACCUAAUCUAACUACCAGACUAAAAAUCUGGGAUACAACGGGUCAAGAGCGAUUUAAGGAGAUAGUGCAAAGGCAAUAUUCCAAUCACGAAGGUGCUUUGCUGGUAUACGAUAUUCAUGAUCGAAAGAGCUACAACGACGUGAUUAAAUUGGCCGAGGAACUCAAUGAUUGGACUAUGAAACCCAGAAAAGUUAUAGCUUUAGUGGGCAACAAGGCUGAUAUUCCCGACCAUCGAGUUGUGUCUUCUGAGGAGGCGGAGAAAUAUGCCGAAAGAAACGGAUUGAUCUUUUGGGAAACAUCCGCAAUAACCAACUUCAAUGUCUAUAAGUGCUUUCACGAAGUCGGUUAG